AUGGAAACAGAGCAUAUAAAUAAUUUAUUUAAUAAACGUUUUACAAUUGUAAACAAUGGAUGCUAUUUAAUGCCACAACCAACAGCAAUGUUUAAAGAUUGCCUAUGGACAGUUAAUGAAUUACAGCAAAUAAAGAAUGAAUUGAAUACUGCAAAAGAUCGUUUAAGUAAUUAUGAUCUUGAUGAAUGGCACUUACAUACAAAAUUCAAAAACAGUGCAAAGGAUGUUAUGGUACGAUUGAAAAAUUAUGUUCAACCGGAAUUUUUAACUCAAGCAUGGUGUAAAUUUUAUGAAAUAGUAUCGUCUUUCCCUUUAAUACCAGUGAAUUGUAUUUAUAACAGCAAUAAAUGCUUUAAAUCUAUCCAUUUGUGUGAAGCACCUGGAGCUUUCAUUACAUCUCUAAAUCACUGGUUAAAAACAAAUAUUCCAAAUAUUAAAUGGGAUUGGUUUGCUAUGACCCUAAAUCCGUAUUAUGAGGGUAAUCCAACAUCUAUAAUGGUUGAUGAUGACAGAUUCAUAAGACAUACCUUAAGUCAUUGGUAUUUUGGAGAAGAUAAUACUGGAAAUCUUAUGAAUUUAAAAAAUUUGGAUGGGCUUAUAAAGCUGUUAGAACCACAUAAUGAUAUAUUUUUAAUUACUGCAGAUGGUAGCAUUGACUGUGCAGAUGUUCCAGCAGAACAAGAAAGUAUUCUGAUACAUUUACAUUUUUGUGAAAUUAUAGCUGCAUUGCAACUACUAUCUACUGAAGGUAGUUUUGUGUUAAAAAUUUUUACAAUUUUUGAAUGUAAUACAAUAUGUUUGAUUUAUAUAUUGUCUUGCUGUUUUCGUAAUGUCAAUGUAAUAAAACCAGUAACGAGUAAAGAAGGAAAUUCAGAAACAUAUGUUGUAUGUACAAACUUUAAGGGACCAACAUUUAUCUCACCUUACUUAGAAAAACUUAGAGAUCAUUAUGAAUAUGGUCCUAAACAAGCAAUUUUUAGUAAGCAUGAUAUUCCAUGUGAAUUUAUUAAUACAAUUGUAGAAUGCACUGAAUUUUUUAAAUCUAAACAAUUGCUAGUCAUAAUGGAUAAUAUUGAUACAUUUCAUUACAUUGAUCCUAAAAUAUUACAAAAUUUGAAACAAAUGCAAUGCCUAGUUGCUGAUAAAUAUGUAAGAGAUUAUAAUGUAAAAAAGUUAAAAAAGGGUGAAAUUGUAGGAAAUAAAGUCAUAUUGGGAAAAUCUGUCAGUAUUAAUCAAUAUAAAAGGUCAUUACAGGGAUCGUAUAAUGAACGUUGUAAAAAGCAACAUUCUGCACCUUUAGAUCGAAUACGAAGCCUUUCUAAUGAUUUUAACAAAAUUGAAAUCCAAGUAUCAUCUGGUAUAAUCAUAAAUUUCAAGUUCUCUGAAUUCCCAGAAGAUUUACAGAUUCGUUCAGGAAAAGUAUUUCAUAAAAUAUGUAAUUCCAAAUUCUGUAAUAAAAAUGCUUUGAGAAUACAAAAUGAUAUUAAUGAUGCUGUUGAUACAUUAAAUUACAAAAUUGAAUUUCCUUCGAUAGAAAGUAUAGAGAAUUUGAAAAUUAAACUUCUUUGUAAACCAAAACACGAAAUUUUAAUUUUUCGAUAUACUGACAUUUAUGAUAGUCAUAAAAUAAUUACAGAAAUUUAUAAUAUAUUACAACAUCUUGACAUUGGAACAACAUUAGUUUUAAUUGGAUAUCCACUGCUUACUCACCUUAGUAUUGAACUUCUAUAUCUUAUAAGCUGUGCUUUUAAUUCAUUAGAAGUUGAAGUUUGUAAUUAUGUGGGAUUAAAAAUUAAAUUAUAUCAUUAUAAUUACAAUCAUAAAGUAUUGUACUUCUUAAAUGAAAUUAAAGCUGCUUCUUCUGAAGCUUAUAAACAGGAAAAAGCUAUUUUGGAAAUAAUUUCUCCAUCUAUAUUAUAUGAAGGAUGUCAUUUAUGCUAUUCAGCAGACCUUAAUCACUGGAUUAUAAAAGCAUAUAUUCAUUAUGUAUUAUAUACACUGAAUAUAAAAUUAUAA